UGUACAUUGGCUCAUGUUAUACAUGGGGGGAAUGAGAGAGCGGCGGAGGAACCGAAAGCGACAGCAGAAUCCCUGGCGAUAAGUAUAGCGAUUAAUAGCGAUCGUGAAAUGAGGGGAAUUCAAUGCCAAAUCCCUCAAAACAGGGUGUCGUAAAAGAAAACUCGCAUUUUGGCAUUGUAUUUUUUAAAUAUAAAUUUGGCGUGGACCUGGGUAAGGCACCUCCCUGUCUUCUCUGCGCCGGGGUGUGUGCGUGUUUUUCGGGUAGGCUUCAUCGCAUCACCGCGCUGCAGUGUGUUACUAGAACCGAAGUGAGGUGCCACGCCGCCGGUUACAGCUGCCCCGCGCCGUCGCCCGAGACUAUGUCAAAAACAGAGAGAGACAAAGUAACACUGCGAAUCAAACCUACUGACCUAUGCAAUGAAAAAAUGGCAACUUUGCUCUCUAACAGCUGUGGUUUGUAGCCAUAAAGAAGUGCAGCUGUGCCGAAAAAUAUAGUGGAGCGAUUUUUGUGCCUGGUAAUAAAAAGCUUUGAAAAGCAACGCAAUAGGCAGCCCGCAUGGAACGAGCAGGAAGCAUUCAACUUGAUAUCCCAGACUUCAGCAACUCCGUCCUGUCGCACCUGAACCAGUUGCGAAUACAGGGCCGUCUAUGUGACAUUGUGGUCAAUGUUCAGGGCCACAGUUUUCGUGCCCACAAGGUGGUCCUCGCCGCCAGCUCCCCUUACUUUAGGGACCACAUGUCGCUUAGCGAGAUGAGCACCGUGUCCAUAUCAGUGAUCCGCAACCCAAGCGUGUUUGAACAGCUCCUUUCCUUUUGCUACACGGGACGCUUGUGCUUGCAGCUUGCCGAUAUCAUCAGCUACCUGACUGCUGCCAGCUUCCUCCAAAUGCAGCACAUUAUUGACCGCUGCACCCAGAUUUUAGAGGGAAUUCACUUUAAAAUCAGUCUAUCAGAUGUGGAGGAGGAGCUCGGAAAUGGGGCUCACAGGACCACCAAUCAAACCAUUGAGUCAGGAAGAGUUGGGACAGUGCUGGGUGGGUCCCGCUCCCUAAGUCCAAGACACACCAACUCCCGAUUGAUCAACACUGGGGUGAUCAACAUCCGUGAUGUGAGGGAAGUCCGAGAGAUCAGUCCGCCUGGGGAGUCUAUGAGCCCCCAGAUAGUGGAGCACAGCGGCAUUAGCUCGGAGGAGGUGGGAUCUGUGAAAGAGCCCAUUCUCCGUAUUAACCGAGCCGGGCAAUGGUAUGUCGAGACAGGGACUGAGAUCGAGAGAGGUGGAGAGGAGAAUGUGCGGAUGGUGGAUGGGUUUCGAAUUAAGACGGAAAGGAUGGAGGAGUGGAUGGGGGCAGAGACUCAAGCAUCAGCAGAAGAGGGCAGUGGGGCAGAGGAGGGGCCGACAGUAAUGAUUGACACCUCAGGGCGCAGCACACUGAUGCAGGAAGGAGGAAGAGGAGGGAAAGGUUCUCAGCCGUCCAGUAGCUUCAGUGAAACAGAGAGGUUUAGUCCAACAGGAAGUGUGGUGGUAAUGGCUGAUCGCCAAAGAGCCAAGAGUGAGUCCCCAGGAAGAGUUGACGAUCAGAGACUCCCCACCUCACAGGGAGAGGAACAAGCUGUGUUUGACAUGGGGGGAUACGAGGAGUACCUACGAGAACAGGUAGGUGACCGGUGGUUCCGCUACAACCCCCGUCUCACCUGCAUUUACUGCUGCAAGUCCUUCAACCAGAAGGGCAGCCUAGAUCGUCACAUGCGCCUACACAUGGGCAUAACCCCCUUCGUCUGUCGAAUCUGCGGGAAGAAGUACACCCGCAAAGACCAACUCGAGUACCACAUCCGUAAGCACACAGGAAACAAGCCCUUUCAUUGCCACGUCUGCGGCAAGAGCUUCCCGUUCCAGGCUAUUCUCAACCAGCACUUCCGCAAGAACCAUCCAGGCUGCGCUCCACAGGAGGUGUCCCACAGUGCCUCGCCUGAGACCACCACGGUCACCCCCCGUGGAGGCCAGAACGAAGAUGAGUCGCCCUCCCAGGAGGAUGCCGAAGGCAAUGGUGGAGGGGGAGGCGCCGGCUCGUCCUUCGGAGAAGGGGUCCAACCGUCAGUAUCCACUACUGGGCCCGACUGAAACCCUUCAAAGGAAAACAUUGCAAGUUUAGGGAGACACAGGACAGUGGGGUGCGACAGGACCUUAUCCCUCUGUCCCUUGUCUCCCACCAUCCACACUGAAAUUGCAAGUUGGAAGGAGUUAAGCGAGCUGGAGGUUCUCUCAGCUGCUGUCAACAAGGAACGGAUAAAAAGGGAGAGUCUUCUGCGUCCGACUUGGACAAAGAUCCUCUAUUUUUUUCAUGAUAACAAAGAUGCAAGGAACAGUUUGCUAGGAAUAGUAUACUCUAGGGAUUUAUAAAUGGUAUUUCCGCUUUAAACCGCAUCUACCUUCACCAUUCAAACUGAACAGAACGUCAAUAUAUGAAGACAAGCCACACUCCAACAACCUCACACACCACUGGAUGCAGUGAUUUUUGUUUUCUUUCGUUUGGUUUUUAGUCUUUCCUGUCUUUUAUAUGUUACUUUUUUAUAUUUUUGUACUACUACAAAUCUUUCAGGAUAAACAAAAAGAGAAGCUCUAGCCACGAUUUGGUCAAAUUGCGUUGAAAUUGCCAAACUUCUCUGUGCCAGAAGAUGAGUUUUAAAAUGAGAGGACAUCGUAGUCCUUCGCUACUUUGCCUUGAGACAAUCUUGAUCAAAUUUAUCUGGGGUUAGACGUUGCGCUCCCCAGCCAUGGCAAGCUUAGGAAAACGGGUUCAGUUUUUUAUUGGGGACCCUCAGGUCUGACCUAACAUCAGAUUCUUGAUUUAUUUUUUCGUUUUGUGUUGAGUGCCGAUCCGGCCUGCCAUAAAACCCAAACACAUUUCUCACACUCAACGUAAGGAAAUUGUUGCAAGUAGUUGUAGAACUUUGGGUUUAUAACGCGAAACACUCAGAUCAUAUUAUUUUACUGUUUAAUGUUGGUGGUAAUACUGUGAUAUAGGCACGCUGUUGAAAAGAUGUUGGUAGAGGAUAGCAGUUACAUUAUUUAUUCACAUUUAUUUCCUGUUAAGGCCUUCAUACAUCUCCAAGCUCAACAACUCAGCUGCUGAAUGUUGAUGAUACAGUGAUUUAAAACACAGGAAAUUCUUCAACCUCAGAUAAGCUACAAUAGACCGCUCAGUUACCUCUCUCUCACAUCACUACGCAAUACCGGUCUGUCGCACGCAGAUGCGUGGAUGCACUCGGACGAAUUUUAUGUUCAGUGUUUUUUUUUUUUUUUCGUACUUUUUAACUCCUUAUAAGUCGCCCAUUGAGAUUCGCUAGUCUCACCAACUUGUUUUACUGGUCUGGUGAUAUUUAGUUUGAGCAGGGGGAAGGGGUCUCUCAGAGGGCGUAACCUUCCUUUUUUAUGUCAAGAGUUGCAGGCUGUGUUGUCGAUGCCGUUUAGGAAAACGGAAACUGUAUGUCUGUGAUGACUGGGAAACGUUGAAAUGCCACGGAAUGACUUUGAGUGUAAGAUUUCCCUUCAUCUGAUGGAAGGCACUUUAACCUUGUGGUCAAGUGCAUUUACACUUGGCUUAUGAACAGAUGUUUCCAGCUGGUGCUAUGACGUGAAUUUACUGAAGCUUUCAGUAACCAAAGGAACUGAAAUUUGUUAUGGAAGUUCUAAACCCUUAAGAUUUGGAGGGGGAAAAAGAGAUUAGAUCAGGCACUUAAAGAAGGGGUGGGGUGUGUUUUUUUUUGUUUUGUUUUUAGAAUAUUUGUAUAUCUAUAUACAUGUCACUUAUGCAUAUUUAGACAAAUUUAUACUUGUAAUAACUAUGGAGGCAGUUUCUAGAAUGAUCAACAAAAGCAAAGGUGUUUUAAGCGAAAGUAAAGCUCUUAUCAUUUUUAUAAGGCUGUGAAUCACACUUGGUUGUGUGACUGAUUUUUUAGGAAAGGUUUGAUGCAUAUUAUAAAAAUCAGCUACUGAUGUUUCCAAUAGGGAUUUUGUGCACCUCAUUCGUAUCAACAUUUACUUUUACCCUUACUCACAUCUGUGAACACAGGUCAGCAGGUAAACACUUACAAAAAUCAGGAACUCACUGUUUACUUUUUGUGUUUACCUUUUCGGGUUGCACCAAGCCGAUUUUCUUACUUGGAAUUCUAGCUUUGGGUAACUUGGGUCAGCAAAUUUCACAAGUGCAGCAAAAAAAGAAAAGAAAAAAAGAAUAAAAAAACAUCAUGCGUAUGAACAUUUCCUCUCAGUGUAAAUACCCAUGCUUCACAAGCAGUGGCAGUGAAUUACAAUCCUGAAACUGUAUAAUUUGACGUUUGUUGUACAGGACAGAACCCAGGAAAAGAGCAUGUUGAUAUUGCUUUUAUUCGUCACAAUGCAACCUCAUGAUAAUAGAAAAGGGCAAAUGAUUUUGUCUAUAAACAACAUAAUCAUAACCUAAUAUGUUACAAUAUAUCAAGAAAGUAGGUUCUUUUUAUGGCCUUUAAAUUUAAAUUUGGGGCAUGGGCCUGUUUUGUGUAUGCCAAUCAUAUAAGGGUGAUAGUGUUUUAAAUUAUCUCUAUGUGAAUGAAUUAAUUGCAAUUUAAUAAGGGAUCUAUAUCUGUAAUCAGUCAUUCCAAUUAUUGUACUGCACAUUUUUAGCUGUCUAAAUUGAAUCAUAUUAAUUUGAGUUUUAGGGCUAAUGAUAACUUUCAGCAUGUUUUCCCUUUGUUGACCUUCAAAACAUUGAUGGUUGACCAACCUGCCUGUUUGUCUUUAAUUUUAAACGAUAUUACUCAUUCAAAUAUUAUGUGUUUGGCUUCUUUCACGCUUUAAAUAACAUGACAGAGGAUAGAUGUGUUGCUAAAGUGUAUAUAGGCUGUAAUAUUUAAUGUUUUUGUAUGACAAUACAUCCACUGCAGUUUAUUGGCAUUGACUGAACAAGUCAUGCGUAACCAAAUUAUGUAUAAUCCUAACACAGUGUUACUGAAUGUGUGGAACUACAUUCGAAGCAAUAUUUCAUCCCAUUUCCAAAAUUGCCAAGUUGCUUUCAGAUAAAGUGGCGAAUUAAAACACACCAUAGCAAUCACAACGUCUUAUAAAAUGUUGUGCAAAUGUUGACAAAUUGAUUUCGACUUGAAAAAAAAUCAUGUGUCCUGAAUUUGUAAAGCAAUUAUGCAUAUUGGCAAAUGUGAUCAAAUUUGUUGCAGUGAUUACAUUUACCUCACGGUUUUUGUUAGUUUGGUUUUUCAUGGUCUGGCUUGUGAAAAGUGAUACAGUGCAUGUCUCUACUUAGUUUUUUGGGAAGACCGAAUGACAACACUGAGCCAUAUUUACAGAGUUUGUUCAGUCUUGUCGCAAGUCCCUCUGGAGCAAAUAUUUUGUACAUGCAGCACAUUUCAGACGUGGACACUUCAAUGCAAAUAGCCUACAUAUAUAUUUCAACACUUAGUCUGUCUGAAUAAGCAAGCAAAUGUGAUGCAUUGUCAAAAAAGUUGUCAGUUGUUUUCUUACCUCAAAAGAGUCUUUGUACAAGGAAACGAGACAUUGUUUUUCAGUAGAAUUUGUUUAUUUGCAUGUUGUCUGUCUUUUGUAAUGGCCAAACAUAUAGACAUUUCCAGGCAUCUAAAUUUGCACCAAGAGAAGCCAAAAUAUUGACAUUUAAGAUUUGUCUUGCUAUAUUGUUUUAUCUUGCAAAAAAGCAAUAUAGUCUUUCCAUGUGUCUUAUAUGUUAAUCACUUUAAUUUAAAUCAUACUUUAGAAAAGAUUUUAUUUUACAUAACCAUGAAAUAAAGCAAAAUAUAAUAGGUAUUUUAUUCUUAGGAAAAAAGUCAACUUCCAAAACUCAUAAAAUAAAAUUUCUCUGAUUUUAUUAGCAAUCCAAUAUAUUUAUUGAAAUAGUAAAUAUGUUUAAAAAUCUAGAAAUUAUAUUCAUAUGCAAUUAAGGUAUAAUUGCUUGUUUGAAAUUAAUCAGAGUUUAAUGAUUAGUUAAAAUUUGAGACUUUUCACAUUCAAAAAGGUACAGGAAUCGAAAAGAUUUAUCAUUAUUAAUGUGAAUGCCAUUUUCACAAUAACCACUAUGUUUUUUUCUUUACUGACAGUGUGUCAAGUCCAUUCUUCUAAA